UUUACUUUGACUGUAUAACAGAUGAAUAUUGCUCGCAGAAUUAUACAGUUGUGAAUUUGUUUCAGGGGGUUGAACUAAAAAAUUUUACAAAAUGAUGCAUCAACAUCCAACUGGUAAUCCGCCAGGUAAUGCACCUCCUGUACAUCAACUGCAGUCGCAGCAACAGCCACAGCCGUCUCUCCAGACUCUCCAGCAUCCAGCUAUGGCUCAACCAGGAGCGUUCCAAGCUGCUAAUGCUAUACCGAAUAUACCUCAGCCAAGCUGUACGUUGAUUCAUGCAUAUAAUGCGAAUACCGUUCCAGCUCCGUUAGGACCUUACAGUUCUGUAGUUCGAGUGGACAAUGCGCUUUAUGUAUCAGGUGUCGUGGCUAUUGAUCCUAAAACAGAUAAGUUAAUGGUCGGUGGAGUCGAAGCUGAGACGAGGAAAGCUAUGAUUUACGUUAAAAGAAUAUUAGAAGAGGCUGGAUCAUCGUUGGAACGAAUGGCUUUAGUAAGAUUAUACGUUACUCAUAUUGGUGAUAUGGAAAAAAUUAAUAACGUCUACGAAGAAUUUGUAUCAGCUCCAUAUCCCGCAAGAGUUAUGGUAGAAGUUCGAUCCUUACCUCUGGGUGCUCAUAUCGAGGUCGAAGUGAUGGCAUUGAUUUCCUCAACGUGCAGACUUUAGGGGUGAUUUUCGUAACGAGUUAAUGGUUUAAUUUUAAAAAACUUUCACCGAGGAAGUGUAGUAAAAUUUGAAUCGAUAAUGUGUUACCUAUUAGGUAAAAAUAUAACAUGCAACGUAA